UCUGCCGCCGCGCGCUGCAGCAGCGCCGCCUUCCCUGCGCAGUCGGUGUCUCCGCGUCGCUGGGUGGGACUUGGCUCGGUGGCCAUGGGCAAGCAGAACAGCAAGCUGCGGCCCGAGAUGCUGCAGGACCUGCGGGAGAAUACAGAGUUCUCAGAGCUGGAGCUGCAGGAGUGGUACAAGGGCUUCCUCAAGGACUGCCCCACGGGCAUCCUCAACGUGGAUGAGUUCAAGAAGAUCUACGCCAACUUCUUCCCCUACGGUGACGCCUCCAAGUUCGCGGAGCAUGUCUUCCGCACCUUUGACACCAACAGCGAUGGCACCAUCGACUUCCGGGAGUUCAUCAUCGCGCUGAGUGUGACCUCACGUGGCCGCCUGGAGCAGAAGCUCAUGUGGGCCUUCAGCAUGUACGACCUGGAUGGCAACGGCUAUAUCAGCCGUGAGGAGAUGCUGGAGAUCGUGCAGGCCAUUUACAAGAUGGUUUCGUCCGUGAUGAAGAUGCCGGAGGACGAGUCGACCCCGGAAAAGAGGACUGAGAAGAUCUUCCGCCAAAUGGACACAAACAACGACGGCAAGCUGUCCUUGGAGGAGUUCAUCCGCGGGGCCAAAAGCGACCCGUCCAUCGUGCGUCUGCUGCAGUGCGACCCCAGCAGCGCCUCCCAGUUCUGAGCGAGGAGCCAGGUUUCCCCUCCCUGCCUUCACUGGCCCUCUCCCAGCUCUAAGCUUCCUCGCCCUUGUGUCUGUCCAGGCUGGGGGUCAGAUUGCCACCCCCAGGGUCUGCACUCUGAGGGCCCUAUGGAGAAAGGAACCCUGCAGCCCCUCCCCAAGGCCCAAGCCAGCAAGUCGUUAGCACCCCCCCAUCCGGGAGGCAAUAUCUCCCUUCGGCAAUGAUAAAGACACAGGCUCUGGCUUGGUCUGCCUCUCAGUCAGCCCUCCCUUACC